CCGAGGGAAACCUGUGGUGUAACGUUACAGGAAUGGGAGCGAGGAGACGGAGAGGAGGAAGCGAAGCGAGCAAGGUGAUUCCCCGGCACACUGUACGUUCAUACCAGGUUUGCAUUCUGACCUGCAAGCCAAUGUAAGUGGUGUUGAGUGACUGCGUGUGAAAGAGGGACCAUCACCGUCCUCAUGUCCUAUGGAGGAGGCUUUUACGGACGCACUGAGCGUGUCCGCCAGGCGCCCCACUAUGACCAGGUACCUCAGGGCUCGUUAUCCCGAGAAGACUCCUACGACCUGCAGCCACUGAGAGAGCAGAGGGCGCCUCACCUGGCUCAGAGCGCCGACCCCCUCCCGCCGCCGCCUCUGCCGGACCAGCCCGCUGUGGGCCCGGAGUUCGAUCCCAGCGGCAGCGAGGACAACGCCGACCCGGACCCCGACCCCGCCAUCGACAUCAAACCGGUCCACCGCUUCAUCCCCGACUCCGUGAAGAACUUUUUCAGAGGAAGCAACCGCAGCAGUAAGAAGCUGUGGUCCAUGUCUGCCUCCUCAAACAACAACAACAACAGCACCACUGAGGGGGUGCCCUGCUCCCCUCCGCACUCCCCCUCUGUCCCCGGAUCCUACCGGGACCCCUAUGGGGGCUCGGGUGGCAGCUACAACUCGAGAAAGGAACUUCUGGAAACACAGGAUGCGCAUGAGUCUGUGUCAGGGCGUACGUACCGCACAGGUCUGACCUACAGCGAGCAGGUGGAGCUGUACCAUCAGCGCUACGCCUACAUGAAGUCCUGGGCGGGACUGCUGAGGAUUCUGGGCUGCGUGGAGCUCCUGCUGGGAGCAGCUGUGUUUGCCUGCGUCUGCGCCUACAUUCACAAAGACAACGAGUGGUUCAACAUGUUUGGAUACUCGUCUCCUGGGGGAGCGUACGGAGGAGGUUUCUACGGCGCGGGCACAGCCGGGACCUACUACACAGGCCCCAAGACCCCGUUUGUGCUGGUGGUCGCGGGACUGGCCUGGUUGGUGACUGUGAUUUUAUUAGUGCUGGGGAUGACCAUGUACUACCGCACCAUCCUGCUGGACUCGUCCUGGUGGCCUCUGACCGAGUUCACCAUAAACCUGGCUCUGGCGGUGCUGUACAUGGCGGCAGCCAUCGUCUACGUCCGUGACACGACUCGUGGAGGACUCUGCUCCUACCCAGUCUUCAACAACGGCAUCAACGGGAUCUUCUGCAGGACGGAGGCAGGUCAAACUGCUGCCAUCAUCUUUCUGUUUGUCACCAUGGUUAUUUAUCUGAUUGGAGCCAUCGUGUGUCUCAAGCUGUGGAGACAUGAAGCUGCACGCAGAUACCGGGAGAAGUUCGGCCACGAGAUGCAGCCGUCUGAGGUGCGAGCUGCACGCUCAUUGGUUGUUCCAGCUCCAGGUCCAGCUCCCAGAAAUCCAGAGCAGGUCCAGGGCUCCUCAGUCGUUCCCAUCCAGGCUCCAAAAGCAGUUCCAGCAAAGAUUUUGCAGGGAAAUAUACCAUCAGGACACAUUCCAAAACCAGUUAUCGUGCCUGACUAUAUCGCGAAGUACCCAUCGAUCCGGUCUGAUGAAGAGCGGGACCAGUACCGAGCUGUGUUUAACGACCAGUAUGCAGAGUACAAAGAGCUCCACACGGACGUGCAGGCUACCCUCAAGAAGUUUGAUGAGAUGGACGCCAUGAUGUGCAGUCUGCCCCAGAACCCGGCCAGCCAGACGGAGGUUGAUCGCAUUAACAGGAUCCUGCAGGAGUAUCAGAGGAAGAAAAACGAUCCGACGUUCGUGGAGAAGAAGGAGCGCUGCGAGUACCUGAAGAGCAAACUGUCUCACAUCAAACAGAAGAUCCAGGAGUACGAUAAAGUCAUGGAGUGGAACGACGGAUACAGCUAAACCUCUGAGGCUCAGCUCUACCCUGGAACACCACUGGAUACGGACCUAAUGCUGCUUUGUCUUUUAAAUCUGUAAAUGGUUUGUUUGUGUGAUUUAUCGACCAUUUUGCUUGUCUGUGUUUAUUAAAGCCCACACAUAGAGUCAGAGGUGUAGAAUGGUUUAAGCUUAAAGGGAUCUGACGGCAUUUUGGGAAAUCCACAGCAGCCCGUUAGCUUAGCUCACCACAGACGCUGCAGAGCCACCUUCACGUCGCACGUCUAUAGCUCAUAAGUAACAGGUUACAUCUUGUUCUAGUGAUGAAAUGACAGGAUUACUUUCUCAGAAACAGUCCGGCCCACAAUCCUCCACGAAACAGGAAACUGACAUUUUAGGACGUAAACAAACAAGAUCUAAAAGAUCUCUCCUCUCCUCUAAUGCUCUGCUGGAAAGUGAAUAAGCUGAUGUCCCAAAAUGCCAAACUGUGCCUUUAAACUGGCCUGAUGUGCAAAGAGCUCCCUCUCUACAUGUACGUAUUUAUAUGUGUGUGAUACUGUGACUGUCGCUGUAGCAGAGCCUAACCUCUUCAUUUCACAGAUGACUGGUGUCUGAAUGUUUGCGUGUACCCAGCGGGAGACGGAAGAUGCUGCGUUGUUUCUGUCCAGGUUUACCUCCGCUGUAAGUCCACCCAUCUUUCUGUCAGUCCUCACGUUUGUCAGGUGUCUUUUAAUUUCACAACUUCCCAGCGUGAAACGAAAACCACUGCUUGUCCGGACAGAUCCCAUCCAGCUGGUUCCCUGAACGGCUGUGAUGAUUGUUUGGAUUGUUUUAAUUGCACACUGUGUCUUCCUGUUUUUGGUUUUUUAAUAUGCAAGUGUUUGACAAAUGUCUGAAUCUGGAAAUAUGUGUGUCCUAUAGAAUGACCUAUUGUGACUUUGUCCUUUCAUUUCAUAGAUUAAAUAUUUUGUACUUUGUCACUUAAAUAUCCUCAGUGCCUUAAUAUGUUUUCCUCUUUAUACCUGAAGCUCUUGAUUGAAUGGAAAAGCUGUGAUAAGGUCUGUAUUUCUCUGAUGUUAGCAGGAAUAAUUCUCUGUUCCAUAAUUUCAGUGAUCAUUGGUGCUUUCUGUCCUCAGAAUACAGUUCUACUCAUUCACUGAGUGAGUGGUGGUUUUCUUUUUCAUCAGCAGAGAAAAAAAUAACAGGGUGCUUUGUAAAAUGCAGAGGGAUGAAGCUGAGAGACGGAAUCUUAGUUGACUGACAGAGAAUUAAUCAGCAGGAAUUUAGAUUUUUUUGUUGAAGCUGAGCCAUGAGCCACGUUUCAAACCUAAAACUGAAGAUUUGCAGCUUUUCUUUUUUAGAGUUUAGCAUUUUGGAUUUUAAUGUCACUUUGAGUUCUGGAGACUUCUGAUCAGUGUUUUUCACUAAACAAUGAAUCAAGAAAAUAACAGUCUAAUUAAGUGGUAAAGAAAAUAAUCAGCACUCAGACAUUACGUGAAAAUACUAACGUUCAACUUAAUGUGACCUUUGGAGUGUUUGAUGUUUAAGACACCUGGAUGAGCCUCUGACUGACUAAAUAAAAAAUAAAAUUACAGCAGGAUUUAUGUUUAUGUUUGUAUUAUAUUUUCGGUCAGUGUCUCUGCUCUGUUCAUCAGGUUGAUUGAACUGAUGCUGCUGCUUCGUUGAAUUAAAGGGAAUCAGCUGCGAUCCGGUCACGUCA